AUGUACUUUCCGAUUCGCUUGCAUUUGUUGGAGUUGAGGGCCGAGUCCAUGGAAGCCAUGUCACUCUUUGUCCCUCUUUGCCAUGAUUUGAUGAUCAUUUCUAUCACUUUGCAGCUGAUGCUGAUUGCAUUGCUGCUACUGUACAAAAUGUGGAGAGCCUUUCUCCAUUGGCGCAAAGGAGUGGUGUUUUCAUCCACCCUGGUGCCGACUUUGGACCAGCUGGUUCCAUUGCCACAUCCAAACCCUGUGUUGCUUUGGGCAGUGGAAUGGGAUUCAGACAUUCGAACGAUGGUGGAGGACCUGAAGAAUGAAGGGCCCUCUGCGGUGGAACGCUACUGUCAGAAUGAGGCCUUCAUCCUGAAGCUCAGGAAAAUUCUGCGCAACGUCGUGUCGAAGAACGACAUGAGGCGUAUUACGGAGGAGGUGAUGAUGAAGGAAGAAGUGGCGAAGUUUCACACAACCUGUCAGAAAUCUGCUGAAGAGGAGGAUGAAGACUUCAGGGCUUGGCAGGCCAUGAUGCAAGCCAUCGAUGGUCAGGGACCAAAUGAGACCCAGCCCACGGAAGCCAAUGUUGGUGCCGUGCCAGCGGCACAGCAGUGGCAACAAAAAACAGCUGCAGCCCUCGAGGAGGAUGACGCAGAAGCGUUGCAGGAGAUGCUGGCGGUGAUGAAUCGAAAACCCGGGGACGCCGGAAAUGGCGCACAAGCCGCAACAGUCCUGCCAGUGCCUGCGGCACCGACAAGAGAACCAAACAUUCCAGCAUCAGAACUGGAGGAAGAAGAUGCAAGAGCCCUGCAAGAGAUGCUGGCAGAGGUAAAUGGUGAACCAACACCAGUGCAGGUGCCACCAGUCGCCAUGAGUCAACCAGCGAUCCCAGAAUCAGAACUGGAGGAAGAAGAUGCGAAAGCGUUGCAGGAGAUGCUGGCUGUGAUGAACCGAAAGCCGUUUGAGGCAAAUGGAGCGACAGCACCAGUGCGUCCAGUGACUCCAGUGCCUCCAGUGCCCACCACAGAAUCUGUGAAUGCAGCAUCAAUCCUUGAAGAUGAUGAAAAGGCGUUGCAGGAAAUGAUGGCCGUGAUGUCCCGAAAACCAUGUGAGGCAAAGAACGUGCCAGAGCCAGAGCCAAUGCUUAGUGAACCUGCAAGUGCAGCGUCAGCCUUUGAUGGAGAUGACGCAAAAGCAUUGCAGGACAUGAUGUCCGUGAUGAGCCGAAAUCCGCUUGAGGUCCAGGAGGAAGCUUUGUCUGAGCAAAGUGACGACACUGCUGAUCUUUGGGCUCAGAUGGAGGAAUUGGAAGACCAGGGUGCAACCCUGGAAGAGCAGGCUCGCAAGUUUGUGUCCUUGUGUAUGCCCAAAGGAAAGCUUUCAUCUCGUGAUGAGAAGAAAACCACCACUCACUUUUUCAUUGGUGAGUCAUUUGAUGCCGAGGAGGAGCAGGAAUUCGACAGUUUCUGGCUUGCCCUGGACGAAGAUCUCUGCAACGGUGCUGAGAUGAUGCCGCAGGUUCAGAAACUGCUGGACUGCUUCGCCAAGCCGAAAGGCGCCAAAAAUCCCAAGGGGCCACCCAUGAGCGCCCAGUGUUCACAUUUCUACAUUGGUGACGAGGUGGAAGUCACUGAAGUCACUGAAGUCACUGAAGUCUUCAACAGUACCCAAGAGCAAGAUCAGCAAGGCACCGUGCAGCAGUUUUACAUUGGAGAUGAGGAUCCACGCGGUGGCACCAUGGCCGCGGCAGGUGGCUAUGCCGAGGGCAGUGGAACACAGCAUCCUGUCGAUGGUGAGCAUCCGGGGGUCGCCAUUUAUGCGCAUCGCAAUUGGUGGAGCUGUCCCAAAAGGGCCGCGCUGAGUAGGAACAGCAUCUCAUUCCAGAGCUGUGGCCGAGCAGCAACACUGUCAAACUCAGCAGGGGCGGAGUAUUGGCUGAUCUUCCUUGCACGUGUCCCAGACACGACGCCAUACCGAAUCAUCGGUGCAGUUCUAUCGCCAGGUGUCAUCAACAAGCGGCUCUACAUUUGUGGUGGGUUGGAUGAAAGCAGGCAACCUUUGAAUUCAGUGGAGGCCUUCACUCCACCAGGUCCGGGAUAUCCGGGAUCGGCGCUGGGUGAGGGAGUCUCGGUGCAAAUGCCCCACUGCACUCCACGGGAAAGACAGGCUGCAGCUGGGAACGGCAACUGGCAGGUAAUGCCUGCCAUGGCAGAGAGACGGGGCUGGCCCGCGGCCGUAUCCUUACAAGGACUUCUGUAUGUUUGUGGUGGAAGAGACGAACAACGUGAACCCCUGAGUAGUGUGGAACGCUUGAAUCAUUUCCCGAGCAUUUGGCUUCCGCUUCCGGCAAUGUCAUCCCAACGCGCAGGUGCUUCUGCUGCGGCCUGCGGAGGGAGGCUUUAUGUUUGUGGUGGCGCCUUUGGUGCUCAGAUGUUGAAUUCGGUCGAGCGCUUCGACCCAAAGGUUGGAACUUGGGAAACGUUACCUCCAAUGACGGCACGCCGCGCAUACGUGGCUGCGGCAACCAUCGCUGGCACCAUUCACGUCUUUGGCGGCAGUGAUGGGGGCCAGUGCUUGCUGUCCUCGGAACGUUUUGAUCCGACGCUGAAUACCUGGAGCCCCUUACCCGACAUGAAUGAGAGGAGAUCUGGUGCGGCCUCGGUGGCCUUGAUGAUAUGA